CAGCUGGCGCACGGCGAGGAGGUGGUGCUGGACCUGCGGCCCAACCGGCGCCUGCUGGCGCCCGGCUUCGUGGUGGAGCGGCGAGCGUCGGCCGGCCGGCCGGGCUCGGUGCGCCGGCCACGCCGCCACUGCCUGCUGCAGGGCCGCCUGCGCGGUCGGCCGCACUCCCGGGCCGCCCUCUCCACCUGCCGCGGCCUGUUGGGCUACAUUCACACCGGCCAGCACCAGUACAUCGUGGAGCCGGUCAAAGGUCACCAGCGCGCCGGGGGCCGGCCGGCGCCGCACCUGGUGUACAGGCCCCCGACCAUGGAUCACAGCGGCGUUGCCCGUGCGUCGGGCCGCCCGCCCCAUCCCAGCGGCGGGCCGCCGCCGCUUCCCGCGCUUUCCGGCCGGGCACGGACGCGCCGGCCGCGCGACGACCCGCUCCGGGGUAGGUCGUGGGGCCGGGUCAGGAGGUCAGACGCCAGGUCACGCCGCCGGCCGCGCUCCGUCAGCGCGGAGAGGAACGUCGAGACGCUGAUCGUUGCCGACCCGGACGUGGUGCAGUUCUACGCAGACGACGACAUCGAGACGUACCUGCUCACCAUCAUGAAUGGGGUAGCACAAUUAUACCACGAUGCAAGUAUCGGCAACGCCAUAAAUGUCAUCCUGGUCCGGAUACUGAUCCUGGAAUCCAUCGAGAAUACGACGUUGCAUUUUAACAUCAGUGAGAACGCUGACAGUUCUCUGAAGAGCUUCUGUAGCUGGCAAAUCAAAAUGAACCCCUCCAACGAGAGCCAUCCCAAUCAUCAUGAUGUGGCCGUCCUGCUUACCAGACGGAACAUCUGCGGCGAGAACGAGACGUGCAGCACGCUGGGCCUGGCCGAGGUGUCAGGCAUGUGCCAGCCCACCCGCAGCUGCAACAUCAACCAGGACACGGGCCUCGCCGUCUCGUACACCAUCGCCCACGAGCUGGGCCACAACUUCGGCAUGAACCACGACGGCCCGGGCAACGGCUGCGACCAGCCUGACGGGCAUCAGCAGCACGUCAUGGCGCCCAACCUGGUCAACGACGUCACCCCUGUCGUGUGGUCUAAGUGCUCCAGGCGCGAAAUCACCAAGUUCCUUGACCGUGACUGGGGACACUGCCUGGAUGACCAGCCCACCGACCAUGAGUAUAGCUACCCCCAGGUGCCGCCGGGAGCCCUUUACAACGCCGACCACCAGUGCAAGCUACUUUACGGUCCGGCCGCCUCCCACUGCGAUAUGGGCAACGUGUGCGAGACGCUGUGGUGCCGCGUGCAGGGUCGCUGCGUGACGGAGCUGGAGCCCGCCGCCGAGGGGACCAGGUGCACGCCGCUGGACGGCGGCCCGCUGGCCAACAUCAGCACGUGGUGCUCAGCCGGCGACUGUGUGGAGAUGCGCAGCCGGCCGCGCGCCGUGGACGGCCGCUGGGGCGACUGGGGCGCCUGGGGCGCCUGCAGCCGCUCCUGCGGCACCGGCGUGCAGAGUUCGGUGCGCCACUGCGACCAGCCGGUGCCGGCCAACGGCGGCAAGUACUGCGUCGGCGAGAGGCGCCGCUACCGCACCUGCUCGGCUGAGGCGUGUCCGGAGGAAGGUGUCACGUUUCGGGCGCAGCAGUGCGCCGCGUUUGACUCCGUGCCGUACCAGGGCCAGAACUAUACCUGGACGCCCGUCUACGACCAUGCGGUACCCUGCCAGCUCACCUGCCGGCCGACCGAGCGACACUUCACAGCCGUGCUCUCCGACACGGUGGCCGACGGCACGCCGUGCCGGCUCGGCACGCACGACAUCUGUAUCAACGGCAAGUGCAUGGGCAUCGGCUGUGACGGAGUGCUGGCGUCGGAGGCGAGGGCUGACCGCUGCGGCAUGUGCCACGGCAACGGCAGCCUCUGUAACACCGUCAGGGACACCUUCACCGCUAAGGGAGACGGAUAUGUGGUCGUCGCCGGCGUGCCAGCUGGCGCUCGCAACAUCAAGGUAGAGGAGGAAGCUGGGGCAGAAGACGGAAGUUUUCUGGCCGUCACUGGUACCAAGGACGAUUCCGAUUACCUGAACGCCAACUGGUUUGUCCAGUGGAGUGGAGAGUACCGUGCCGGCGGCACUCUGCUCUUCUACUUCCGCGAAGAUCAAAACGAGACCAUCUUCAUCCCUGGCCCCCUGAAGGAACCAAUCGUUCUCAAGGCACUGCUGCAGGACAGCAGCACUCGGGUGCGGUUCGAGUACACGGUGCCUGGCCACGAGGGUGCUGAGGCAGCGCAGGUGUUCUCGUGGAGGUACCAGGAGUGGUCCGAGUGUUCUGUCCACUGCGGUGGCGGCCGACAGACGUCUGACGCGGUCUGCAUGGAGGACGAGGCAGGCCGGGUGGAGGACAUCUACUGCUCCACCGACCGGCCAGAGACCAGGUCCAGACCCUGCAACACGGAGGACUGUCCUGCCCGGUGGUGGACGCAGCCCUGGCAGCCGUGCCUGGCCCGCUGCGGCGAGCCGGGCCGCCGCCACCGCUUGGUCGUCUGCGUCCGUCUGUCCGGCGCGGACGAGAUGCAGGCGCUGGGGGAGCACGAGUGCGCCGACCAGCCGCGGCCGGCGCUGGACGAGCCGUGCAGCGGCCCGACGGACAACUGCGAGUGGCGCACCGGGCCCUGGAACAAGCCGAUGGAGCGUAGCGCGACAGUUUUGGCGACAUCUGGUCCCUCCAUCGACCCUUGGCCAGUCGACGCGGCUCAGCUGCUAAGUUUAGUGACUGAGUUGCUGCUGGCUGAAGAUGCCUUCGGUCUGGACGUGGCGCAGGUCCCGAGCAUUUCGCAGCAGAUGGCACGCCUGGCGCUGUAA